AUGCAAGACAAGCUAACGAGAAAGGCACACUCUGGAGUUAGAGGCCACCGAAUGAUAUGCUCUCCUGCGGUAUCCGUAGAUUCCACCGCCGGGCAUACAACCUUUUCCGCCGUUAAUCAAGGAUACUACUUGGACCCGUUCUUAAAAUAUUUUGUCAAAAGGAUCGAGAAAAGGAGUCCACUCAUAAAUAGGGGCUAUUACGCCCGCGUUGCUGCAGUGAGGCAGUACAUUGAUCUCUUUUUCAAGUCCCAAAAGGAGGAAGAACCCGUUCAGGUAGUGAACAUCGGAGCCGGUUUGGAUACCACCUUCUUUUGGAUAAGCGAACAGCGGAAAAAUGUCAUCUAUUACGAAAUGGAUUUCCAUGAAGUGCUGCGGGAAAAGGCGAACAUAAUAAAGCGCAUCGAUGAGUUGAGGGGCUUUCUAAAGGGAGCUGAUCAGGGCGACCUGGAGAGCAAACCUGACGUGGGCGAAGAUCUCAUCAACUGCGCAAACUACAAAAUGCUCUCGUUCGACCUGAACAGCUCGAGUCUCCUGGAGAAGCACUUAACGAGUUACGGGUUCGACUUUUCUAUCCAUACUCUGUUCAUUUGCGAGUGCGUUUUAAUUUAUUUGGAGAUAACGAGCAGCGACAGUUUAAUAAAAACAUUGGCUGGCCUAAUGAGAAGCACCUCGUGCAUGUUGGUGUAUGAACAGGUCAACCCAAACACCGCCUUCGGGAAGGUUAUGAUAAGCAAUUUUAGCCAAAGAGGUAUAGAACUUAAAAGCAUCUUCAAGUACGACAAUUUGGAAAAACAGCUUUGCAGAUUUAAAUCCCUGGGAUGGAAUCAUGUCUACAUAAGUGACAUGAACGAGAUUUACGAUUAUCACUUAAGUACGGAUGAAAAAAGAAGAAUUGAAAAAAUUGAAAUGUUUGAUGAGUUUGAAGAAUGGAGAUUGUUACAGAACCAUUAUUUCAUACUCGUUGCGUUCAGUCCUUCCGACGAUUUGGGCACGAAUGCUCUGUAUGUUUUUUUAAAGAACAUAAAAAAUGGGCGGGGAGGAUUUUCUCCAAAUGUUUGA